UAGAAAACAAGAGCCAUCCCGGACCAGUCAUUCGAUUUUGCUUCUGAAAUUGAAAGGCUGAUACAGAGCUAGAAGAAGAAGAAGAAGAAGCGAAGUCUGACAUGGGAAGCACGAGCUGUGCUUCCGUUUCCAAUCUGCACUUCAUAUCAAAUCGCAGCCACGAGCGGCUCGGCCCAAUCAGAAACCAGCUAGCUCCGGUUCAAGCUCGGACGCACCGUAGCAGAAGACGGAGAUCGGAGCUUAGCAGUUUGCGUAGCCGGAGGAGGUUGGGGAACGACGUCGUUUGCUGUGCGGUUGAUGACGAUUUGAGAGAGAAGGAGCUUGGUGCCGGGCCUGGUCUUGGCUCCGCCGUCGAAGAAAGACCAGAUGAGGUUGCUGAUUCGAAAGAAGAGGGAGGAAGUUCGAUUUACAAUUUCUUAUAUCCGAGUGAAGAGCUCCUCCCGGAUGAUAAAGAGAUGAGCAUAUUUGAUCAUCUGGAAGAGCUGCGUCAGAGAAUAUUUGUAUCGGUUGGCGCAGUGGGAGUUGCUAUGUUGGGAUGCUUUGCGGUUUCGAAGGAUCUUAUUGUGUUUCUUGAAGCUCCUGUUAAGACGCAAGGUGUAAAGUUUCUGCAGCUAGCUCCCGGCGAGUUUUUCUUCACUACAUUAAAGGUAUCAGGCUACUGUGGCCUUCUCAUAGGGAGUCCAGUCAUUCUGUAUGAAAUCAUAGCCUUUGUGCUUCCGGGUUUGACGAGAGACGAGAGGAAGUUUCUGGGGCCAAUUGUUUUAGGCUCAUCAGUACUUUUCUAUGCCGGUAUCAGCUUCUCCUAUUUCGUUUUGGUGCCAGCGGCCUUGAACUUUUUCGUUUCCUACGCUGAAGGUGUUGUGGAAUCAUUGUGGUCCAUAGAUCAGUACUUUGAGUUCGUUCUUGUUCUACUGUUCAGCACAGGCUUGUCCUUUCAGGUUCCAGUCAUUCAAGUUCUCCUUGGACAAGUUGGGCUAGUAUCAGGAGAUCAAAUGCUGUCAAUUUGGAGGUAUGUUGUGGUUGGGGCUGUUGUGGCAGCUGCUGUGCUUACACCAUCUACCGAUCCCCUUACUCAGUGUCUUCUAGCAGCACCCCUCCUUGGUCUUUACUUGGGUGGUGCCUGGGUGGUGAAGCUCAGCGGCCGGUGAAACAUAACCAUACUGCUUAAUCGCACAAAAUUUGUUUGUAGUGUCCUGUAUACUCAGUUUGUAAGGAUUCUGUACUUUACCACAUGAUGUAACAUAAUAUGAUAUCUUAUUGAAGGGUGAAUGACCCGUA